AUGUCUCCGUAUCAGUAUCUGUUCAAGUAUAUCAUCAUUGGAGAUACUGGUGUGGGCAAGAGCUGUCUCUUGCUGCAGUUCACAGACAAGCGCUUUAGAACAGACCAUGACCUGACCAUUGGAGUAGAGUUUGGCGCGCGUCUUAUCAACAUCGAUGGCCGACAAAUCAAGCUUCAGAUCUGGGACACUGCUGGCCAGGAGUCAUUCCGGUCCAUAACCCGAUCCUACUACCGGGGGGCAGCGGGAGCCCUUCUGGUAUACGAUAUUUCGAGGAGGGACACGUUUAUUCAUUUGUCUCGAUGGCUGGAAGAGGUUCGACAAAACUCCAACCCGCACAUGACCAUCAUCCUCGUCGGCAACAAGGCCGAUCUUGAAAGGAGAGAAGUUACCUUCCAGGAAGGGCAAGAUUUCGCGCGGCAAAACAAUCUGAUUUUCCUGGAGACGUCCGCAAAGACAUCGCAGAAUGUUGAAGAGGCGUUUAUUCUAACAGCUCGGAAGAUCUACGAGAAUAUACAAGCUGGCAUUUAUGAUCUGUCAAACGACGCGCAUGGAAUCAAGUGCGGGCCAGUGGUCUCUCAACAAGCAACCAGGCUAGGUACAUCAAUGCGUGGCAUUUAA